CGGACGCCCUGGCCGUGUACCGCUUGCAGGCUCCCGUCUGGGAGUUCAAGUACGGAGGGCUUCUGGGACACUUGAAAAUUAUGCACGAUGCCGUGGGCUUCAGGAGCUCCUUGACUGGGAAGAACUACACCAUGGAGUGGUACGAGCUUUUCCAGCUUGGGAACUGCACCUUCCCACACCUGCGGCCUGAAGACUCCGCCCCCUUCUGGUGCAACCAGGGGGCAGCCUGUUUCUAUGAAGGGAUUGAUGAUGCCCACUGGAAGGAAAAUGGCACCCUGGUCCAGGUGACGACAAUUUCAGGAGCGAUGUUCAAUCAAAUGGCAAAAUGGGUGGAAUAUGACAACGAAACUGGCAUUUAUUAUGAGACCUGGAUGGUCAAAAGCAGCCCAGAAAAAAAUUCCCGCGUCUGGUUUGAAGCUUAUGAAUGCUCCAAAUUCGUGCAAAGGACCUACCAGAAGCUGGCUGAGCUGGGGGCCGUUUUCAAGAAGAUCCAAACCAAUUAUACCACCAUUACUCUCUUCAGCGGGGAGCCUGUUUGCCUGGGCAAUGAGACGACACUCUUUGGACCGCCGGGAAACAAAUCUUUGGCGUUGGCUAUUAGGAAUUUCUACCUGCCUUUCAAACCGUACCACUCGGUGAAGGAGUUCUUCGUUAACCUAUUGAAGAUACUUGAGGAGGUAGUUCUGGAUCAUCGGUUUUAUUUGUUUUAUAAUCUGGAAUAUUGGCUCUUGCCCAUGAAGUAUCCUUACAUGAAAAUAGCCUAUGAAGAAAUCCCGCUGCCUAAUUCCAAUGCUACCAAAUUUGAUGCGUAAUCCUGUUUUGCCUGUUAAAAUGCACUUGUCAUGCCUCUGUCGGAGUCUGAAUCCGAAUAGCUGACAGGGAGUGGGAGUGUGGCU